GCGCAUGCGCGGAGCGCUGCGCCUCGUGGCGGGAGCCUGUGGCCGGAUGGCGGCGGCGGGUGCUGAGGGGACGGAGGCGGACUCGGAUGGCGGUAGUGAGGAGCUGGUGCUCACCCCGGCGCAGCUCAUCCGCAGCCUGGAGCAGGCCUGGCUGAAUGAGAAGUUUGCCCCAGAGCUGCUGGAGAGCAAACCUGAGAUCAUCGAGUGUGUUGUGGAGCAGCUGGACCAUAUGGAGGCAAACCUGAAACGGGCGAAGAGAGGAGACUUGAAGGUCAGCGUUCACCGCAUGGAGAUUGAAAGGAUCCGUUACGUGCUCAGCAGCUACUUGCGAUGUAGGCUUGUGAAGAUAGAGAAGUUUUUCCCCCAUGUCCUGGAGAAGGAGAAGUCUCGAGCCGAAGGGGAACCUUCCAUUCUAUCACCAGAGGAGUUUGCCUUUGCUAAAGAAUACAUGGCCAACACAGAAGCUUACCUGAAAAACAUGGCCCUAAAACACAUGCCGCCCAACCUGCAGAAAGUGUCUCUCCUAAAAUCAGUGCCAAAGCCCAACCUGGACUCCUUUGUGUUCCUGAGGGUGUUGGAGCGUCAGGAGAACAUCCUUGUUGAGCCAGAGAUGGAUGAGCAGAGAGAGUACACCAUCGACCUGGAGGAGGGCUCGCAGCAUCUGAUCCGCUACAAGACCAUUGCCCCGCUGGUGGCCUCGGGAGCGGUGCAGCUCAUCUGAGGGGCGAGCG